AUGGAAACAAAUACACCGCAACUAAGAGGAGGAGGAGGAGGAGGAGAGGAGGAGGAGGAAGGAGGAGAGGAGGAGGAGGGAGGAGAGGAGGAGGAAGAGGGAGGGGAGAAGGAGGAGGAGGAGGGAGGAGAGGAGGAGGAACAGGAGGAAUUGGUACAACAGGAAGGAAGAGAGGAUGAGGAAGAACAAGAUGAGGAAGAACAAGAACAAGAAGAAGAAGGACAAAAAGAGGAGGAACAACAAGAAGAAGAGGAAGAAGAAGAAGAACAAGAACAAGAAGAACAGGAAGAAUGUCUUGUGGUCUUUCUAUUGAUACAACUAUUAGGUGGUUCUACUCUUGUACGGCUUUCGGGUGUAUAG